AUGGUUGCUGGCGACGCCCGUGCUGUCUUCGAGGCUGACGGGGUGCCUGUCAUCGGCCAGGUGAAAAGCGACAAGGCAAACGCCACCCUAUUGGCCUGGCAUGAGGCCAUUGGGGCCGGCAUGGCUGGCAACGACGGGCGCCUGCUCGAGAUCUUGGAUGAGAUUCUGAUCGACGAACCCCUGUUCCUUGCCCCAACCUACCACAAGGAGCGACGCGACAAGCAGUUUAUCAAAUUCGCUCUGGUCGGCGUGACCAAAGCCUUCAAGCGCUUCAAGUACACCCGCGCAUUUCUGGGUGAUGAAGGCUUUGCCCUCGAGUUCGAGUGCAACCUGGGGAAGGAGGAUGGGCCCUUCAUGCGCGGCGUGGAUCUUGUGGCGCUGAAUGCUGAGGGCAAGGUGACCCGCUUUGAGGUCAUGGCCCGCCCGCCCAAAACCGUCCUUCAGCUCCUGGACCUUCAGACGAAAUUCCUGGCCCAGAUGG